AUGACGACCGCAUACUCCAAUGACAACGCUUCCUCGUAUCACCUCUCCCACCCAGCUACCUGCUCUUGCGGUUGUGAUUUCCAUUCGUUGGUCGAUCCCUCCGCCGAAGCUGCCGAAGCACACCGCCGACUUCAUGACCUCGAAGCCCAGGUGAAGAUCUUGAAUACCAAAGCCGCCUCUGCGGUUGACAAGCUCGCUGACUACGAAGACGAACUUCAAUAUCUCCGAGAGGCGAAUGCGAGGCAUGAACAGCAGCAACAACAACAACAAGCGCAACCAGCCGGCGUGGGUGGUCUGGCACUGGAAGGGCCAGGUCCGGCUGUUACACCUCCUCUACCAGGACAACCGCAGCCUCCCCCACAGCCACAAUCGAGAUUAGCAAGCUUGAGUGCCUUGUUGCCCGGGCGGAGAAAGGAAGUUCAUCCUUCGAAUCUACCCAUCACUCCUCACACCGGAGUGUUUCCCUCCAACGAAAGUGCCUAUGGCAGCACUACACUCUCACCCCCGAAGACUCCUUUCUCACGCGUCCUCGCCCCGCAUCUUGUGCCAUCCCACUCUGACUCCCAGGUCGCAACCUUGUCGUCAUUGCAGUCCUCCUUGGAAGAGGAACGGAAUCUGCGGCUACGCGCUGAAUCCAGCCUCUCACAGACACAGACAGAACUAGAAGAUCUUACAGCGCAGUUGUUUGGUCAGGCCAAUGAGAUGGUCGCAACUGAACGAAAAGCCAGGGCCAAACUGGAGGAGAGAGUCAAAGUGCUUGAGCAAAGGGACAGCGAGAAGAGAAAACGGUUGGAUAGACUUGAAAAAGCGGUCUCCAGAAUCGAGAGAGUCAAGCAAAUGGUUGGGCCAUGA